GCGGUACCUAAUGGCUGAAAAAGGGUUUCAUGCGACGGUGUCUGCUGAGACGCGCAUCAUUUCAGCUGCAGCUCUGGCUGAGCACGGCUUUUUGUUUUGCGGCGGUGAAGCCCCUGGCGCAAAUCAACCCGCGCUCCUCGACGCAAGGCAAGUCGACAUUCACUUCACAUUCACAUUCGUGGUUGUUGAGGCUGUGACCACUACCGAGCGCAGUCAAGCGCAGAACCAGCUUGCCUUGCAGCGCGGCUCACCCCUGUCACCUAAUACAUCACUUUCCCACCUUCUCACCCCCAUCAUCACGCGCACUCAGAGCCUGUCUCACGCGAAAAGCACGGAUCGGCAUCAACGCGCAUACACUCGAUCACUCAUUCCUUCAACGCGGCCCCCCAAAUCGUCUUGAAGCAAGAGGGGGAGGACGGGAUCGUACGCGGACGGGCUUGCCGCGCCUUCGUACUGCAUGGCUCCCACCAUGUACAGCGAUCCCGCUUCUGAUCCGUACGCCACUGUCCGAUCCACCAACUCGCACAGGCACGGCCACCAAUCGGUUGGCUCGCAAGGCAUCUUUGCGCCCUUGGAGACGCGAGACGAGUGUCCCUCGCACGAGGCUGGGAUAUCAAGCCUUGAUGACGAGGAGCUGCUGUUGAAGCAGCCAAUACACCAAGCUGGGUCAGCCUUGCCGGUUUCCAAACCGAGCUACAUUCACCGGCUUCUGCCCUCUGGCUCAGAGCACAGAGCCCAGCAGGAGGCGAUCGCGCAUCACCGGUGGUCAUCGUGGACCGGAACUACUGCUUUUCAUUCGCACUCCGGCAGCGAUCACGACGACACUGAUCAUGAUCGAAGUGGCAUGUCUCUUGACGAGGAUUGCAUGUCGUCCUCUCUGAGCGGCUCCAGGCGGCCCUCGGCAGACUUUUUCGGAGCCGAAUACACCGGUCAGGUGUACAUCGAUGCCGACAACAGCAGAACGAGUGCAGAAAGCGCAAGCAGCGCAGGUGUAGCGAAGAGGAGGCGGCGUCAUUCGGGAGAAGAGGUGUGGAACAGAUCAAUUGAGCCUAGUCCAAGUCGCGUCUGUCUACCACCCGAAAUUGUCGAGUCUCUGCCGCCACAAGCCAUGCAUGACGACGAAGCAGCUCUAGAUGCAGCAAUCGAGUCUACUGCACGGGCAUUUGAGCAAGCGACGGCGCUCUUGCGAUCCACUUUUUCAGCGCAGCAGGAUUUGGUGCGCUUCCGAGCAACGCAGGAGGUUCUUGGCGAUUCCAUGGCGCUUCACGAGGCAAGGCUGAUGCAGCAGAUAGCGCAGAAUCGACGCGCGAAGGAAUUAGUCGCGAAGGCGACCUCUGAUAUCAGCGCCUUGGUGCCUGCCUCACGACGAGUGGCUGCGGCAAAUGGGAACUCAGCGCCUCGGCCCACUCAUUGGCGUUUGCCCAGCUUUGGCGCGGCGCCCAUGGUCGCGCCUCCUACUCACAGUCGGAAUGAGAGCGCAGGCGCUUCGUGGUUGAAAGCGAAGGACGUAGAUGCUACGAUUGGCAAGUCGGCUGCCAGAAGGCUCGAGAAAGCCCUCUCAGCGAGCGCAGCUGCCGCGGCUGCGGCAGCAGCAGCAGCCGGCGAUUCUACGAACCAGGAGCAGCUGUCAUCCGCGGGAGGUGAAGGAGGCGACGAUGCGGAGGAAGGCAUGCAUGGCUCUCCAGCUCUUUCCGCGAGCUCGCCCGUGAUGCCAAAACUGCCCUCCCGCGCGCCCUCCGUCGCUUCAGUCGUCCCAACAGAUGGUGCACAUCCUCCAACAUUCGCCGAAGCCGCACCAACAUUACCAACGCACAGGCGCAGCUCGAGCAGCAGCGCAUCUGCUGCUGCCGCUCUCGCCGCCCUAAAUGGUGGGCACAGCCACCCUGCCCAGCCUCUCAACCCUAUCCGUGAGGUGAAACAGAUUGGUGAGGGCUUGGUGCAACGCGUGCCAUCCACAGAUCCUGAGACUUCUGGAUCGACGGAUAAAGGCAGCGCAAGCAGGCCACGAGAGACUCCCGCCUCCCAAAUUCUCGCGCGCAAUCGCAUGCCCAAAGGGAUGGGCUUGAGGUUGGUCUCGAUGCCUUCCAGUCUUGCCCCUGCCAUUACAUCUUCGGCCUCUUCUGCUGAGCACUCGCCGCUGUCGUCGCCAAGUCCCGGCAGCUCCACAUCCUUCAGCUUGAUUGCAAAUUCCGCGAACGGCCAGUCAGCAGCGUCGGGCAGUAAGUCGCCCACCGGCUAUUUUAAUCCUUACCUUCGAAAGUCAAGGGACAGAGGGGAUCGAUCGGGAUCACGUGCCAGCUUGGCCAGCUUGGGAAGUCUUGCUAGCAUCGACGAGAGGCUAGCUUCACCUUCACCUACAACACUCAGUCGCCCCACCUCGGCGUUGGGAGUCGCCUCUUCUGUCACGGCGCACGCAGGUUCAGUUGACGCGCGAACCAGCGCGGCACUUCCACUCAACCCGAACCUUACCUCUCGAACGACGCUCACCCCAGCGAUGGCUGCUCUGUCUGCGAAUGCGGGUCGCCGCGCUGUUUCUGGUGCUUCUAGCGCAUCUUCGGCCUCGGCCUCUGUGUCGUCGCAGGCUACUCUUAAACCGAGCGCAACUUUGCGAGCUGCAGCCUCGUUGCCCAUCGACACCAGUGCCGCGAUGGACUGCUCUUCUGAAACGGGCUUUGAUGGGGACUCGGAUACAAGCGCGCGACUUGGGUUCGAAUCAGAGACGGAUGGCGGCGAAAUGUCGACGACACAUUUCGCUUCACUUUCUCCCUUUUCUGCUCAUGAUCGAAGUGGUCAGCAUGGACUCCUCGGCCAUAGAUCCCCCAACUUCGCGCCUCAUCGCUCGCCCAGACUGUCGCGAGCGAAAGGCCGGGGCCAGCAUUCGGCGUCCAGCUCAAUCUCUGAGUCUGCUCAUGGCUGGCUCAGCGCCGGCGUCCACGGUUCGUCCUCUGAAUCCGAGGAUGUCGACAACUCGGACGGACAGUCGGGGCAUCGCCAAGUGCGCGAUGCGGCUUCGCGAGGUCACCGACGCAAACGAUCAGCGACGGGCUCCAAGGGCGCUCUUGCCGCCCUUCGCAGACUGAACGGUGCCUCUGCAGUGGCAGGCGAAGGUCUCGUGCCGCACGUCGUCCAGGAGAAUCCAUCUACAAGUCCUGCUCUUGACGACUCGCACGCAGCAGCAGCUAGCGCGAGCCACUCCGGUGCAAGCGCUGCUCAGUCCGACAGUGAGCCUCAGAGCGCAGGAUGGAGAGGCUCACUGACAAGCUGGAUGAGGGCCGGAAGCGUCACGCCUGCAUGAGAUUGCUGGUGUCCUCCUGCCCCUUGGAAUCGCGAUGUCUCUGUAACAGGUCACGAUCUGCUAGCAUCACUGGUCACUGAGCUUCGUCCACAUUUGCACAAGUCACUAACCCGGAGCCUAUCUACCUCGGCACACAUUCUAUACCAAAUGCAUCCACGAUGCACAUCGAAGACUACUCUGCACCUACAGGAGCCACCCUCCCUUGUACUCUAACACGUCUUUUGCACAAUUUCAGUUACUCGAAAACGGAU